AUAAUUUAUCGCUGUAUCAAAAAUACUUUGAAAGAUGGCAGCUUAAAAUUGAUGUGCGAGAGUUUUAAUUAAUGUAUUUUUAAUUUUUGCUCGUUUUUGUCUGUUUUACUGGAAGGAAAUCCUAGUAGAGUUUGGACGGGACAAGACACUGUAUUCGCCGUUGUUUUUUUCAUAUGAAAAGAAAGCAUAACGUAUAAAAUUGUUGAAUUUUGGAAACUGUUUUGUUGUAGCAAUUAUAGCAUAAACGUGUGUGUCAAUGUAAUGUCGAAGCUACCGCCAUUAACAAACUUGCCUUCGUGGUCUCGGAGUUCUUUAGAAAGACGGAAAGUACAGAGAUCAAUAACAAAGGACCCAGUUGGUACCUCGAGCAAGAAUCAAGCUGGGAUCCCCUCACCGAUUCGUAGAGACAGUGGAUUAAAACUAGCGCAUUCUGCAAAAGCAACUAGCCGAAUUGUUUCGGCACCUUUGUCACCUCCGGAGAAAGCGAGGUCAAGAAAGGAGGCACAAUUACAGAACAGUAUUUCUUUUUUACAAGAACAACAUCAAGAAACACUUUUGAAGCUACAUGAGGAAAUCGAAAAGCUUAAAAGCGAAAAUAAAGGUUUUGUUUUGGUUAAAAUUAAUUUUAUCUACAUAUUUGCAUACCCUCAUAAGUCAAAACGCGUUCAAAAUGAUCUCACUUGGUUUUAAAACCGAGCUAUAAUUCCCGAUUCAUUUUACAGAUUAAACAUUUUUUAGGCGAUGGGAAUAUUUAUAAAGGGAAAAUGCAUUUAUAUGGUAACUGUACAAAUGUUUUUAUUUUUAUAGAAUUAAAUUUCAAGUUAAUUGUGACAAAUGAAAAUUCUGUUCCAACAUCAGGUUCGUUCGACGACAAGAAACAAUGUUUUAUUAAAUAGGUUGUAAAGUAAAUAGAGGCUGAGUCACAGCUGUGUUUUGAUAAUUAUGGUAAACUGCAGUUAAUUAAAUUUUAAUUUUUUAAAAACCCAAACUUUUGGCUUUUGAAAUAAAUAAUUUAUAAGAAACUGCUGAAAUUUACCAAAAUUAUGGCCACUAAGAAAAUAUACAUUUUUGAAAUCUUGCAAAAUUAGUUAAGGUAAUUUAGAAAACUACAAAUUUAUAACUCAGAAACCUUUAAUAACAGAUUGCAAGUGCCCCACACCUCUUCAAAUAUUAAUUCUAUAAAUCUCAUCCCUCCAACUAAAUGCAAGGGGGUGGCUUGUGUUUAGAGAACCCCUCCCCCCAUUAACAGGUGUGCAAAGUCGACCCCUUAAUGGUUACAUUCUCUCAUACACAGCAGUUGGCUUGCCUAUCCCCCCUCCCCCCACUACCCACAGCAAUCCUUCUGGUUUCAAGUGUCUUAAAUUUCCCCCACUCUUCAAAUCUUGUUCCCAUAAUCCCACUCCAUAUUUUUCUCAGGUGCCCCCCCCCCACACCCACCUAAUCUAACCCAAACAUUAUCACCCUUAAACCCUAUUGUUCUGUCCAAAAGUAAAGUUUCCAAGGAAGUAUGAGGUGUACCCCCCAAACCCAAAGACCCCUGAAAAAAUUCAGCAUCUACCAGUGAAUACCCACCCCGGGCUUGCCCCCCAGUAAUAAUAACAUGAGAAACUGCUGUAUCUUAUACCCAAAAUAAACAUUGUUUUCUCACUCUGAUAACUGCAAGUUGACGAUCAUGCACGAUCUGCUUCUCACUGCUGAAUACAACUUACGGUAUUUUGCGCAAUCUUUCAGCCACCACUGCAGAGUCAAAACAGAGAGCCAGCGGUAGUUACUAUAGAAGCAAAAUCCGACGUUUGGAAAACGAGAUCAAGAACAUGAAAUUAUCUUUGAUCGAAUCUCAGAAACAAAAUGUUGAUUUAUCAAAGCGUUUGAGCGAAAGGUGAGAACGAAUUAUGAUGAAGCUGCUGCGGUUUAUGUCUCCAGAAACCACCAGGAAAAAGAUUUAAAAUACUUUGUCAAAGCAGCGCCAGCGACCUAACGCGAAUUUUCAGUUUUUGAAGUUAAAUAGAAAAAAAUGCCUGUGAAAGAAAUUAAGUCAAAUGUUUUUGAAGUAAAAGCUAAAAAGCAAUUUUUUAAAUUCUGGGUAUUCUAUCAGUUCUAAACUGUUCUUCAUUAAUCCAGUCCUCCUCGGCAAUCUGACGUCUGUGUUGCAAAAACGUUACAUGCUUAAGCUCCUUGAUAAUGAAAAGUAAACUGUAAUCGCGCCCCUCGCGUUGCAGAAUUACGUUCAGUGUUUACGCUAUAGAGGCCUGUUUACAAAUUUGCAAUUUUUGCUGCGAUUUUCCUCUUCUGAUGCAUGUGAACAAGUAGAUGAGUAUGAAUGUUUGGAGUUCCGAGCACAGCGGAAAAGUCGAAUACUAGCGCGAAAGGCUUGCUGAUUUUUUAGCGAUUCCCAGCAAGCCUUUCGCGCUCGUAUUCGAUUUUCCGCUUUGCUCGGGGACAACCUUAAUUGAAAUAGCUGUAUAGCCUAGUUUCCAUUUGGUUGUUAGUUGUCGCUGGCACGACAAGCGGUAGAUGUGAAAUGGUCUAAUAUAAUAUUCAAACACUCAUUAAUAAUUCAUAAGCUUAUUGGCAAAUCAUGUCAACCAUAAUAUGUCACGUGCAGUGCAUUGGCUUUAAACCUAUAAUAAAACUUAUUAAACAUUACAUAGUCUUUUUGCGUGAUAUGCAAAUCAGUCUUAUUAAUGAUUGCAGAGUUUUAUAAAGUUUUGUUGACACUCUAUUACAUCAGGAACUUGUCGUGCCAGCGACAACUAACGACCAAAUGGAAACUAGACUUACGUACCUUCAUCUCAACAUUGAUAACUCGUCCACAUCCAUCAGAAAAUCGCACUUAAAAUCGCAGCAAACAGGCCGAAGUGUAAACAGGCCUUUAAUGAAUCGGCCUCCUUUAAUUCUUAUUUCAUUGUUGUAAACUUGCAGGGAGUUAUCAAGCAAACGAUACAGAACUCUACCACCAGUAUCCAGUCACAGUAACGCCAAGAUACACAACUCCCAGAAUAUGAACGAUACGCCAGACGCGCGCUUUGUUUCGAAGAGCGCGGACAAUUUAUCAAGUCGCGAGAGUUUACGAGAUCAGAACAUAAACCAUGUAAACCUGUUUAGCCCUGGGAAAACUACAGUACUUCAAGUCAGGUUUGGUAAGAAAGGUGAAAUCUACGUUCAACCUCCUACUGGUGCCGGGUCCAGAUCACCGACGAUGUCAGAAUGUAAGGAUAUUAUACAUUAUCUCGAGGACACGAACAAGAAACAAGGCCAAGAGGUAGGUUUCCUACACUAGUCCAGCCCUGACAAUAUGAUCUCAGUUAAUCUCAUCUAAUCCAUGACCACUGUACAAUAUAGACCUAGUUACAUGUUCAUUGCCCAUUGCCAGCCAAAUCACAUUUUCAAAUAACUCGCAUGCCUAGUUACCACUGUUCUGAUAAUGUAAUCAUCAAUCUCGUACCCAGAGCAAUGCCUGUGCGCGGGCUAGGAUGGCAUUGGCUCUGGGGAAAUUGACAAGCGGAACGCCUAAAUUUAGGGGUUCCGGUUCUUUGUUGGCAUGCACAAUUGAUAAACGUUAAACCAAUCACAGCACAGGAAAAAUUCAAUUUCCCCAGAGCCAAUGCCAUCCUAGCCCGCGCACAGGCAUUGCUCUGGGUACGAGAUUGUGUAAGCAUAGAAUGGAACAAAGGUAAUCUUGAAGCAUUUAAAUGAUAUAUGUGAGUGAAUUGGGUGGGAAAACUCACAUGCCUAGUUACCAUGUUCUGAUAAUGUAAGCAUAGAAUAGAACAAAGGUAACCAAGUAUUUCAAUUAUAUAUGCGAGUGAAUUGAUAACUUGCAUGUCUCGUUACCACUGUUCUGAUGUAAGCAUAGAAUGGAACAAAGGUAACCAAGUAUUUAAAUUAUAUAUGUGAGUGAAUUGAUAACUCACAUGCCUAGUUACCACUGUUCUGAUAAUGUAAGCAUUGAAUGGAACAAAGGUAACCAAGCAUUUCAAUUAUAUAUGUGAGUGAAUGUACGUUCUUUUCCUUCAGCUAACAAAAUUAAAAGAAGAAAUGAAGGAGGACAGUUAUGCCGCGAAAUUUUCACCCGAUACUUACCUCGUCACAAAAACGUAAGUUAUAUGAUACAACAUUUAUACUGGAUAGCUCAGUUCCAAACUCUUCUCGCUAGAGACCCAUGCAGUAAAGAUCAUCCGUACGUUAUUAGUGUAUUGUUGAUACAGGGAGAAGAAAGUGUACCCGCGCGGAACAGCUACGAUUUCUGGUUCGAGAGAGGUGAAAUUAUAAUCAGACUAGAUGUUGCAGGAAUCAAACCUCGGUCACAGAAAUGAAAGACACACUCACCACUUAACAUGCACCAAGAUCCAUUAUUACUUCUGUUGUUUGCUGCAGGGUGUCCACCCUUUGGUGAAAUUCCAGGACUUUUCCAGGACUUUCAAGGCCCUUUCUCAGUAGAAUCGAGGGACCUAGAACUGGGAAAAAUCUUUGAAAAUGGCACGGAUUUGCCCCUCUUUGAUUCACUUUAUUCAGUAAUUUUAAUCAAAAUCACUAAUGUUGGCACAGCUGGAGGUUAAGGAAAUUAAUUCCAGGACUUUCAAGGACUUCUACUGAUUUUCAAGGACUUUCCAGUCCUAGAAUUUUUUUUCCCAAUUCAAGGACUUUCCAGGCCUGUGGACACCCUGUGUUUAGUAUUUUUGCACAAGUAAACAUAACAAAUCCUACAAAUUGAUUGGUCAAAUUUGACGUAUUAAGCGGUUAUAUUCACCUAUAGGUGAAUAUAACAAACCGAAAUUUUCAAAAUGGCGGCUAGCCGUUAUGUGGCCAUUAUACUGAUAAAGAAAUAAGCAAAAUUAAAAUAAAUUUAGUCCCCCAAAAACACAAAAAUACUAAAACAAUUAUUCGCCUCAGGCUCGGUGAUUAUCGGGAAAUAUUCGGCUUCGUCUCGGCGAAUAUUCUCCGAUAAUCACCUCGCCUUCGCCGAAUAAUUGAUUGUUAACUUCAGCGAAUCAUUCAACGCAUCUUCCCACUUUUUCCCGUUUUUUCAGGUUGAACGGGAGAACAGCACAUUACGAUCAAAACAGCGUCAUUCUUCCUGCGCUGCGCCCUGCUGGUUCAGGAAACGUGGCCGAACGUCGUCGUGGACAGCAGGCCGUCCUCCGUGGCCGAGGCAAGAGGGACAUGAACUGCUAAAUUGUCUUACUAUGUAGGACAAGAUAUGAAUAUUGUGAAACACACACAAUGUACUUUAUUAUCAAGCUUGUAUAUACAAGAUUAGUAGUCAAAAACUGGCAAGAUAUUGAAACUUAUAUUGGAAGAAAUGCGAAACCGUUUCAUAUUUUUUGUUUGAUUUUCUAUAAAGGGAUGUUGGGACUUUGGGAGUUGUUGUUAGUAUUUGGUGGGAUACUGGUCGGUUCGAUUCAAGCAGUAUUCAGUUUUUAUAAUAAUUUCAGAAUUGUUCAAUUACGUUUGACUCAGUGGCGGGCACACUAGGGGGAGGGG